CGCGGGCCGCGCGGGCCGCGGGCAGCCGCGCCGUGGGCCGCUGCGCCGCCCUGGCGCGCUUCCGCGGCGGCGGCGGCGUGCCCCGCCGCGCAGUUCCGAUGGAGCGGCAGUGGUGGCGGCCGCCGCGCCGGGCCGCGGCGGAGCGCCCAGAGCCCGAGCGGUGUGCGCCCGCCGGCAGCCCCGAGGCAUCCGCGCCGUCGCGGCCGAGGUGUUGGCCUGCGCCCGCGCGGGCGGUGGAACGCCCCACCGCUGCGGCCGCGCUGGGCGGCCGCGCUCGGCGCCAGGCGAGAGGGCGGGCACUGGCGGCGCGCAGACUGGACUUAGACGCGUUUCACCCAUCCCCGCCGACUGAAUGGACUUGGG